UGGAGAUGGUGCCAAGCGGGAAAUUGCACUUUCGCAUGCGGAUAUCACACAGUGAAGGAUCUACUUCACGGUUGAGCAUGGCCCAAACUGUUAAGUACUCACUAUCUCGGAUUUGACGACUGUUUUUCUUCUAAAAUUUAAGAUUCUGGAUCCCGUUCCUUUUUAAGAGUGGUCUUCCACAUUUGGAUGUAGGCAAGAACAGACUUCCAAUACACUCUCUUUUGGGAGAUUUACUGUGUAUGUGACUUGGAGCUCAAGUUUUAAGACACUAUAUUUUGACGAGCAUGUGCUUUCGGAAGAUGAGACUGUUAAAGGCCUGCUGCGUUAGCUGUUUUGUGACUGUGAUAACCUUGACUGUGCUGCAAAGAAGCAACAGAACUAGCCAGGAAUUGCAGAAUAUCUCCCAAAGAUCCACUUUUACAGAGGAUGAAUUGGUUUCUACUUUUCUGAAUUACUUCACUCCCAAGGGAAACUUCUGGAGUCAUCAAAAAUCAGAGAUUGCUACCACUGAGACACCAAUGGUAACAGAAGCAAGGGGAAAGACCAAACAAUGGGACGUGACUAGUGUCAAUUGCACUCCCAACGACCACCUCGCUCAUACUGAAUGGUUCAAAGACUUGGAGUCAAAUUUCAAACAGUUCUUACAAUAUAGACACUGUAGGUAUUUCCCAAUGAUUCUUAACCAUCCUGAAAAAUGCAGUGGUGAUAUCUACCUCUUGUUAGUUGUUAAAUCCAUCAUAACUCAGUAUGAGCGCAGGGAGGCCAUUAGGAAAACAUGGGGCAAUAAAAUGGUGAUGGAUGGGAAGCAAGUGAAAAUCUUAUUCCUUUUAGGGACUUCGUCCAAUGACAAUGAGAGGCUUCACCACCAAAGACUGCUGGAAUAUGAGGAUAUUAUUUAUGGGGAUAUACUUCAAUGGGACUUCAUGGACACGUUUUUCAAUCUCACCUUGAAAGAGGUUAACUUUCUCAAAUGGUUCUCUACAUAUUGUGAGACCGUGGAGUAUAUUUUUAAAGGUGAUGAUGAUGUGUUUGUCAGUACAGAGAAUAUUCUUGAAUUUCUUAAUAUACCGAAAAUUACUGAUCUUUUUGUUGGCGAUGUUCUGUAUAAGGCAAAACCAAUUCGCAAAAAGGAAAAUAAAUAUUAUAUUCCAGAAGCUUUGUACAAUAAGACAUAUUAUCCACCUUAUGCAGGGGGUGGUGGCUUUCUGAUGGCUGGUUCACUUGCAAGAAGAUUGUACAAAGUUUCUGAAAACUUAGAGUUGUACCCAAUUGAUGAUGUUUUUCUGGGGAUGUGCCUCGAAGUGCUCAGCAUAAGUCCCAUUAAUCAUCGAGGCUUUAGGACCUUUGGCAUUGUGAAAAACAAAAACAGUAAGAUGAAUAAAGAGCCUUGCUUUUAUAAAAGCAUAAUGGUCGUACACAAACUGCUUCCAGCAGAACUUCUAGAAAUGUGGAAAACUGUUCACAGCAAAAUUAGUUGUUCUAGAAAAAUAAAAAUUUCUGUAGGUUCUUUUCCAAAACCACCACAAACUUCAUUAUAAUUUUUAAUGGGCAAUCAAGAUUCUGUUGAAUGCAAGAGCCUGACAUUUCCUUCUUGGAAAGAAACUGGACACUGUUUUUUCCAUUUUAACCAUCUCCAUUUUCACACUCUCUCUCCUAUUUAAUUUUUUGUUCUGUACAAUGGAAAUAAUAGUUACUAAAUACUUGUGUAUCAGUUCAAUAGUUUCACUUGAAGGGCUACCAGAUUAUUUAAUCAAAGUUUUUCAUUGAAAUAGAUUUUUAUUAAAAUUUGUUCGCCCAUUGUGUAGGUGAAACCAACUUGAGGUUGGUUUGAUGGAGCAGCCAUGCAUCUUUUCUGUAAGAAUGUAACUGCAGUUUUCAUUUUUCAUUUUUUUGAGAAGGGGGCUGAAUCACUAUUGAAGUUUCAAUAUUUGAAGAACUGCCCUGAGAAAUGCAUACCUGUUCUAUGUAAUUUUUGUCUCUGGCUUCAACACCUAUCCUGUAUUGGGGACAGGGGGUAAGUGGAAAGGAUGGUGCAUAAUAGUUCAGCUGUGAUCUUGCAGCUCGUAGUCAGUAUUACAUUUUUUAAAAAAAUUAUUUCCUUAUUUCUUUAGUUUCUGGAGCUGAAGGGAAGCACUUUCUCCUGCAAAAAUGGGCAUAGUCCCAGGUCUGGUAAAAUUUGUGAUUAGACUGAAAUUCUGUUUUUGGAUUUGGCUGCACUUUGCGCGUGAAACGUCAUUAAGGACAUUUUUGUUCUUUUGGAAACCUUUUGGCUAUUAGAAGGUCUUUAUGGAAUUCAUGACAAUGGGUGGACUUUGUAAGUCGUCUUUUUUAAAAUGCUGUUUAAUGAUCCCAACCUUUACUUAUUUCUUGUAAUAGUCCAGAACAGGAUUAAUGACUUUAUCAGAGUGGCUUCAAUGGGAGCUGAAGGAAUUAAAGAAUAAUACUUUCCACUAUGUGGAAUUAUGGUGGACUCUUCUGUACCCUGAAAAAGUGAUUGGACAGUGUUGGAGUGUCUAUAUCUGGACUAUUCGAGUGCCCUAUGAAAUAGUCCAGACUGGACCUGUCUGUGGAAUUUGGACAAGCACAAGUGAGUUUCCACAUCGUUGCAUAUGCAGUUUUAUUGAAAAUUUCCAGACCUCUGACUCUUAUCACAAAUCAUCCAGUUUUUUCUUUACAGAAUUUACAAACAUUGAAUUCUGUCUGGCAUACCUUUUUUCCAUUCCACCAUCUUACCUAUGUCAUCUUGUAGUUUCUUAUUGUACUUUAUUUAUUUAGCUACCUAUUUUUAAAUAUUCUGUUCAAGAAUGGACUGAAUUCCUUCUAGCCCUAUAUCCAAGACAAUACUGCACACUGAACCCAAUUAAUCCCUGGACUACAUUGCUAUCCAAUUGUUCGUAAAAGUUGUUCUGAAGUGUUUUUUUUCUCAUUUCCCAUUUCCUCUUUUUUGAAAAGAAAUGGCCAUUUCAAAAAAUAAUUGUUCUAUUUCUCAAUGUCUUAUCCUUGCUCUUCUCCAUUAGAUUUUUGGUACCUUGAGGACUUGCUGAAAACCCACAUGCACUACAACCAAUUAAUUUCCUUAUUGAUCAUAAUGCAUAAUCAAUGAUUUAGCGUGAUCUUGAUCUUGCCUGCCAAGUUCAGUCUUGUUUAUACUGAGGGGACUGAUGUUGUAGAAAUGGAACAGCACAAAAGGACUGAACACCAAAUACUUCUCCAUUCACACUUGGAUUUUGUACCUACCUUUUUGUAAUUGUCCUGCAGCUGUAUGCUGACAGUGUGGUUCUAUCUCUGUUUUGGUGAAAACUCUAUCCAGCAAGACUUGUCCUAUUUGCCUUGUUGUUCUGCUAACAAUGCCAGAGCUAUCGCCAUUACAAGGCUGUGACAGAAAUGCAGUACUGGAGCAAUUUUAAGCAUAUGCUCCAAAGCCACGGUCCAGAUUUGGUUGUGCCUGAGCAAUGGUAGCACAGCAGCUGACUGCUUUGCUUUUUUUUUUGGGCACCGGGAGAGGUUGUCCUUGUUAGAUGUUGCAGGAUUUUUACUUAGCAGUUUUCAGCAGUCAUUUUAAGGUUUGCUGCCUAAUACAAUAAGGUGGCAGUGGCAUUUUGGUGCAUAAUCAGCAGCAAUCUCCCAUAAAAUAGGAGAGCAUUUGCUGACUUACAGGCCCAUUUAAAAAUCACUGUGGUAGUGUGGCUGUGUGACGUAACUGUGCCGCCUUUGUUAAACCACCAGACAAUGUAAACAGUAGCUGAACAAUUGACAAUUGACCUCAUUAUACCCAUACCUUGGAUGCAUUCAGAGAUCUGAAGAGAUUAUAAUGUUGCAAAGGAGUGAAAAGCCGAUGAGAAAUUGGAAAAAGUUCAAGUAGCUUCCAAAAGAAAAUGAAGCUAAAAUUUUAAUAGGCUCAGAGGAGGAUUAUGUUCUUUUGACUAGUUAACAUCUCAGUUGUGUAAAUAUCUGCAUCAGAAAUUUGGGAGUAGCACUUUAUUGUCCAUCUCUGGCUGUACCUUUUCUAUAAUAGAGGAAAAAGUAUGGAAGACAACUUCUUCUGUUUAUUACCAAAGACUGAGAAUAUGCAGCCCAUUUUUGGUGGAACAUUUUUGAGUCAAUUAUUGUGAACUUCAAUAAACUAGAAUAAAGGUACAAUCUUAACUAGUUAAUAUGAAGUUAUUAAAGAAAUAACAGGUACUGUAGUUUAUAAAAAUUACUUUAAAUUCAGUAACAUCUAAUUUCAAUUGUGUAAUAUGCUGUAAGCAACAAAUUUGGCAUGGUACUGUACAAAAUGUUUAGGGAAAGCCCUCAUGUCUAUAAACGAUCCUUGUCCAUAGUUUUGCUUGGAAUAUUUCAUGACCUUUUUAAUUUGCAAUUAGACGGAAAAGCGCUUGUAUGUUCUGAAGCUAGAUUCCUGCCCGUUUAUGAAAUUGUAGCUAGAUGUUUGGGAAGAAUGAUAGUUGGCUAUCCUGUUAGUCUUUGAGUGAUCACGAUUAAUGUGGAAACUUACAUGAAUUUCCUAUGUAGACUUUAAAUCACCACCUCAAAACAAAAAGCUGUUCAAAAACUUUAUUAACAACUUAUGACUUUAUCAUUUUUUGAUUUCUAGUUUAGCGAACUUCCAUUGCUUUUCAUUCUCACCUUCACCAGCUAGAAAAUUUUAGCUAUUGGUAGUAAUAUUCUGAAGCUGAAAAGUGCACUGUGAAAAUAUGUAGACUCUUUAGAAGUGUAGCCCUGAACUGAAGCAUGACAGGCAAAAUGUGGUGUGGGAGCACCAAAGAUGCAUGGAAUUACUCUGCUACCAUAAGAAUGGAGCUCUGGUGAGUUUUUAUUUUCUUUCUAACUCCCACCAUACUUGAAGGACACUGCAUUAAUAUGAGAUGUUUCAAUGUCACGUGGUCAUAAAAGCAAUACUGUCUGGUUCUGGCUCUGAAGCAAGAGCAAGACUUUGCAGUUUUAUGGAUUCAACAGAAUUAGUCCACCCCACACAUUCCUGUUUUUUAAUAACUGUUUAAUUUAAGCAGUUGAGCUGGCAUGUUGUUGGGCUCCAGGUCUGAGCCCAGACUUUGACUGUACACUGGAGCCUAUUCACAAUGCUGUUCUUCAUGGCAGGGACUGACAAAAUUCCUAGCCUUCAAAUCUUCUGUCCCAACCUACUUUCUAAUGUCAGCAGUGAGGCUUGAGAAGGGUGGGAGCACGUUCCAAAUGAAGCUGGACUUGACAUUCUGGGCUCCCAGGUAGUUUUGCCCCAUCCCCUCUGCACUUCCAGCUGUUGUACUUUGAACAUCAAUUCCAUUCUGUUUCAAGGAAGAAUUUAACUUGCUUUCAAUGACUUGGAGACUCUGGUACUGAAAGCAAUCAUCCAUUCCUUUGCCCUGAUCUCUAACACUUUGGACUUAGUGCAAAAAUGUUAGUGUUACAGUUCUAUUUGCAUGAAUGGGGGGAACAUUAAAUUGCUUCUGUUAACUAUUGUGAUACCAAGCAGUAGAGUAAACUCCAUUCAAACAUUUAGUUUGAGUCCAUCCAUUUCCUUUGCUGUUAAAUUGGCUCCUGGCUAAUUUUAAUUACUGAAGAAUUUUAAAAAGUCAACAAAAUUUGACUUCAAGUUAACAAGAAUUUACAUUAACUAAUUUUGUUCACAACUUCAUCACUUUGGAAACUUCCAAUGGAUAGUCCUUUCUCCUUUGUUUAAAAUGGCAAAGGAUACCCACAAACAUUUGACAUAAUAUCCAAAUACUUAGUCUCAAAAACUUGACAACAUUGCCUUUUCUAUUGCUGUCCUUGUUUUCAUUACAACACCAGUUUUAGAUUUUGACUCUGCAAAUUUGUGUUUUUAAAAUCUUCCUGCAGAACUCAAUCAAAUGACUGAACCUCUCCCUUUGGGUAUCUUCCUCUUAAAUUUAGUUAUAUCUGGAUUGGUGCUGAUAGGCAUGUUGUUUCUAAAGUUAUGUUAAUCUCCUUCAAAUUGCAUAUCAAGAUACUGAAAUGAUUCAAUCUAAUUAUUGCAGAAAUCAAAUGGCUUCUCAAUCUUGCCUGUUAUUGAAUAGCUAGGGGGCUAGAGGACGUCUCCCCUCUUUAUUUCCAAUCAAAAGCAGGUAAUUCCUGUGGCUCAAUUCCUAGUGACGUUCCAGUAUCACUCCAUUUACAAUGGUAAUCUCCAAGAAUGGGUCAUGUGCAUUUGGAAGCAAUUUAAUACAAAUUUAUUGUGAGUGCCUUCCUCAGGACGAUUAUUUAUUUGGGAAGUGUCUUGGUUAACAGAUAAAGGGCUUUCUGACUGAAAGGCAACAGUCAACUUUUUGGAUCUUAGAAUUCACCUGUCCAGGCAAUAAUCUUUAAACACUAGAUUUAUUAAAGUUGACUUUAUAAAUAUUGUAUGGGUAUUUAUAAACAGUAAUUUUUUUGUCCAUGUUCAAAUCUAAUAUAAUUGUUCCCAAGUUUUCUGUUAUUUAGAGAAAUAUUGAAUGGUGGUUGAAGGUGUUCAAUUCAGUAAUUAAAAUCAUAAGGUGUGAAGGGGCCACUGCUGGAUUAUAUUAAUGUGUUCUAAAUUAAGUGGGACACUUCACUUUGUAACAUGAUGUGGCUUGAUUCAAGGAA